AUGCAGGUUCGCAUGGACGAUGAAUCAGGACGUUGGUACGUUGCAUACCUUUCAGACGAGCAUAACUACCCCAUUCUUGAAUUGCGAUUUUCUUUCAUACUCCCAAGCCAUCGAAGGAUGAGCGAAAUGAACAUUGAACAGAUGAACAACAUGUGCAAAGGGGACAUUUCCAUAUCACGAAUCCACGCUUUUAUGGCGAGCCUAGUCGGCGGGUAUUAUAAUGUCCCCUACACAACAAGGGAUAUGCACAAUGUAAAUACGAAGCAACGAAGGGAGGGUGGCCUAGAUGAGGAAUCGUGUUUAAGAUAUCUCCGAGAGUGCAAGGCAAAUGAUCCAGCAUUGUACUACAAAGAAAUUGUUGACCGGAAGGAUAUGCUACAACAUUUGUUUUAG